AUGGUAGAUAAUAUCGAUACUCAGAGCCUGAACGAGUAUCAGAAGCUUGUCGCGACAGGAUUAGGCUGUCUCGAAGCUGUUUUAGAGAGUCCAAAAUUGGCACCGCGGUUGGAAGCUAGAAUACGAUUCCGAUAUGCCAGUAUAUUGUCCGAGGAAACAAACAAUGUGAUGGAGGCUGAGACUGCCCUGACUAAGGGUAUCACGCUUUGUGAAAGAAAUCGAUUUGUCGACCUAAAGUAUGCCAUGCACUUUCUUCAGAUCAAAUUACUCUUCUCGCAGCAGAAAGUAAAGGCAGCUAUGAUUGCUGUAGACGGCCGGAUAAGGGAUGCUGAAGUGGUGAAACAUUACCAUUGGAUUUACGCUUUUCGCUUCCUUAAAACUUCCAUGUACCUCCAGUCUGCUAACCCUGCCGAGACGCACGCACUCGAUAACCUAAAAGCCAUUGCCAAUCUAGCUAGCCAGAGGAACGAACAUGCUAUCUUUGUGGUGGCCUCAUUACUUGAGGGCCUCAGUCUUCUCAAGACUAUGAAGGACGACGCCAUAGUUCGUGUACAAGCCUGUAUUGCUCAAGCCCUAAAGUAUCAGUUCGAGGAUUCGGUUCGCAUACCGCAACUCGAUGCUUUAGCCCUCAUGCUAGAUCUCGCCUGUAGUUUACACCAAAAGUCGGUCCAGGUAAUCAUGCAGAAAUUGAAAAAUCUACAGGAUCACAUGGACACUUACAUGAACGACAACUCUUGGCAUCCCAUAGAAUCGCAACUCCUUCUGCCCAUUCGGAAUAGCAAUAUAAUGACAAUCAGCCAUGAUACGGCGGCUAUAUUGAGGCCUGGACCAGAUAAUGGUUUCUACGACUAUCUAGUCAUGUCGUUCUGGAGCAAAUUAGAAGCUUACAAUGUCACAUAUACGUAUAGCGGCCUUGCGCUCUUGUACCAAUCUCCUCGCAAUGACAAGAGAAUAUUUAGACUUUGGGAAGAGGCCAUAACCCAACUGCAAAAGAAUGGCGUUAGACUACAGGGGCUACCAAAUUCGUUAGCGGACGCUGUUACAAAAGCGGAUUGGCAAAGAGAAUGGAUGUGUUAUCUCUACAUCCUCCAAGGUCUGCACUUUGCAACCCACACUCGAUGGCCAGAGGUUAAGAAAUGCGUGGCAAAAUUAGAGGAUAUGGUUAAGCCACCUCUUGGGGCUAUUGUCGUGCUAUACUCGACAUAUCUUGCAGGAGUGUACCAUCAAGGGACUGGCGAUUUAAAAACCGCCAACUCAAUUUUCGGCAACCCCAUCUUUAGCCUGGACAACGACAGCGGAAGAAGCGGAAAUCGAAAAGCAGCCGAAGUUGACGUGUCGCUACUGGCGACCUUCAACCGGAUCUGGAUCAUGCAGCACCCCGAUUACAGAAACGACCGAUUAACAAUUGAGCUCCUGGAGCAACUCCGUCCGCUCUGUAGCGAUCACCCUAACGUGGAGAUCCGCACAUCGUACAAUCUUGUGCUAGCGGCGGUCCAGACGAACCCGCCCAUCCCGAUGACAGCAGUCAAGAUGCAUAUAUCUACGGCAUUGAAUAGCGCCCAGUCCUUAGGUAACGUACAUACGUUGUCGAUAGCGCUCAACGUCAUGCGUGCCAAGCUCUUCCAGAACAUCGUGGGUGACCAGGCCCUAAAGAGCGCGAAGGCGGCUUCGAAUCAGGCGAAGAGGAGCGGUAAUACGCUGUGGAUGAGUGUGGCAGACGGCAUGCUUGCCCAGAGCUUUGAUGUUCAGGGACAGGCCCUCGACGCGCAGAAGGCGUGGGGUGAUGCGACGCAAUAUGCACGGCAGGCCUUUAAUAUGAUGGGCCAGGAGGGCUCGGCCUGA